CUGGAGUGAAUUAUAUAGUCCUAAGGAUCACAUCAUCCUACCAGCUCAUUGUUACAGAGGAGAACUGAGGCUCAGAAAGAGGACUUGACUCCAGCAGCCUCAGGAGCCUAGACGUCCAGCUGUCGCUGUCUCCCCAGCCCCCUCCAGAGACCAGCCCAGGGUAUGUGAUUUCUUCUGGAUCCCUGCUUGAACUCAACCUCUCGGCUUCCACAGGUCCCUGAGGUGCUAGCGAGGCGAGAGCAGACGGUCAUGCCCGUGGAGACUCUGCCCACAACGGGCAGCCUGAAGGAGGUAGCACCCGGGGCACCCUGUGCCUCCAGCAUGCCCUUCCGUAUCCUUACCAAGGGGCCUGGCUACUUCCGGCGUCAGGGUGAAGGCAAUGUCCGGAAACCAAGUGCUGUGGAGCGGCUGGAAGCAGACAAGGCCAAGUAUGUGAAGAGCUUACGGGUGGUCAGCACUCGCCAGGAGCCUAUAAAACCCCUACUCUUGAAGCAACCCCUGUUUAGCCCCGGGGUUCGUAGAGCAAUAUUGACACCGAACCGCCGGUCUCCAGGUAUGGGCAGCCGCCGGGCAGAGGCUUGUGGGGCCCGGGCCUCGCUCAACAUGGAUGUUCUCAGCAAUCUCAUUAACUUGUGUGACAGCCCUGCGCCCCUGCCUGAUGGUCCUCCCCCAGAACGCAAGUGGAAGGCAGGGCCCUCACCUGGUCUGAGUCGGAGGCCCCUGGGGGAUGGAAAGCGGAUGAGCCCUGCCUCUGAGGGUUCCUUCUCUACCCCUCUUCGACCCCCUAGCAUAGCAGCAGUACGCAGGGUGGAUGUCCGGCCCUCUGGGGAGCCCCAGAUUCGGGUCAUACCCAACUCACCUGCCAGCCCUUGCUCUAACCUGGGCACUUCACCAGGCCCCAGUCCCCAGGAAGGUUCUCGACGUCUUACCCACCUACACCGCUCCAAGUCAGACCUGAGUGACCGCUUCUCCAGGGCCACAGCUGACCUUGAACGCUUCUUUAACUACUGUGGGCUGGACCCAGAGGAAGCCCGUGGCCUGGGCGUGGAGCACUUUGCCAGGGCCAGUUCGGAUAUAGUCUCCGUUAAAUUCCAUAGCGUCAGCACCAGCAGCUCAGAGGGUACUCGCUCCCAGCGCAGUGAGGCCACAGCUGAGGACAGGGCCAGAGAGCGGACCCCUUAUAGUGUGUCUGUCAUCGAGCGGAAUGCCCGCGUCAUCAAGUGGCUCUAUGGACUGAGGCAGGCUCGUGAGGCAGUUCAAAGAAGCUCCAAUGUUUAAAUGCCCCUGGCUUUGUGAUCCUGAGAAGGGAUGCUCUGGACCCCCUCAUGGAUAUCACUGUUGAUAUCCGUAAUGAUGCACUCCCUCCCUGUCACUCCCUGGCUCCAGGGUUGUUAUUAGACAUUUUGAUGGAGAUCUGGCCCAGGGUUGGUGAGCCAGGGACUUUAGGACAGAUUUCUUGCAUGUUGGGUUCCAUGAGGCCAGUAUCUUAAGCAGAGAUGAGGCCUUGGACCCUUGUCAGUAGACUUGGUAGAAAGCAGACACUUUGACCAAUUCAGAAAGUGGUGGUUGUGGUAUGUAGGGAUCCCCUCCUUGCAGGGAGGUAGAGGAAGGAGAAAGGAAGCCAACCUGUGGAAUCCCAGGCCCAUGUGAAGCCCUGUUGAGCUCAUUUUUUCCAUUGAUGGAUAGAAAGUUUGAAUGAGAGGAGGGAAGAAGUCAGAGGAUGUGUAUAUACGUAUGGUGCAAAUGCCUCAUAGAAGGCUAAAAGCUCUGACUUCUACCCCUACCCUCAACUUGUCACAGGUCCUCCCAAGGUCUUCCCAGCACAAACUUUAAGGCUAAUACUCUGUCUGACAGUUGCCCUUAGGAGGGCGGGAAUUAGGGCAGCCAGUCUCCACCAUGGGAGUAUAUCUAUAGAGCUUGGGCCACCAGGAUGCCCACCAACUUGACAUAGGAAGGACAUGGUGCUGAGGCAGGAUAUCAUCAACUUUACCUGUUUUCCCCUGAUGGCCUCAUUUUUCACCUCCUUCCCCCAUAAAUAAGGCUUAGGGAGUACACCUAGCAUGUGCUAAGGUGCCUGUUCUGGUGUCUCCAGCAUCUGUCUCCCCUUUGAAGCCACACCAAGAGAGUGAGUGUCUGUGUGUGUUUAUGAAUGUAUGUUAGGGGUGGGAGGGGGUUGGGAGAAGAAUAAUUCAUAGCCAGAUACUUACUACCUUGACUCUGCUGGGCAGAUUUCCCAAGAAAUCAGCCUCUUGGUCCCUCUUCCCUUGAGCUCUGGGGACCCAGUUUCACCAUGCCACUGGCUGGAUCCCUGUUGUUCUUUGGAGUUUGCUUUUUGUUAAUAAAUGAGUGGUUUUGUUUGGAAAAAAA